AUGGUUCUUCACAAUUUUGAAAAGUCCACAGUUCCGCCCAAAUGUCCCUAUCAUCCAGUGAUAAGGUGCAUCUCUUUGAGGACUGUUCUCAGAGGAAAGAUCGCUCUUGAGCAUCACGCUUGUCCUCAGGCCGUCGUCGCUGUCCUCCUCGUCGCCCUGGCCGUGGCCCACGCCGGCAUCAUCGCCGGCCCCGUCGCCACCCAGUACACCGCCCUGGUCGCCCCCGGCAUCUCCUACGCCGCGCACGUGCCCGCCGUCGCCUACGCCGCGCCCGCCGUCGUCGCCGCCGCCCCCGUGGCCGCUGGCUACACCGCCGUGACCCGUGGCGCCGUGCACUCCGCCCCCCUGCCCGGCCAUGUCAUCGGCAGCACCCACGUCAACGUGCAGCCUGCUCCUGGCACCAUCUAAAUACCCUUCUCCUCUUCAAUGCCGCCGGCGCAGUCACGUGACGCUCUGAGGUUUGCUGCCGCAGCGUUCAUGUAGUUUCGACGACGGAAUAAACUUCUUCCUCUUUCAA